AAGCUACACCAGAGCCAACUUGUGUGGAAAAUGGCAAAUUACCCUUUUUCUAGAUCUUUCCUGAGAGCCUUUAGCUUUUUCCUACGGGAUAGCAGCUGUUGAUCUCUCCUUCCCCACGGCAGCAAUGCUAGGGUUCCGUGUUCUACUUCCCAAAGAUAUUGGAGUACUCUUUACCUUUCAUCAACACAUGUAUACCCAUUUAUAAAUUACUACAUAUUCAUACAAAUAUAGACUAUAGAGUAUUGAUAACAAGAUAAAUUUGUCGACAAGAAAUUGCCUUCUUCUUCUUCUUCUUUUGUUGGGUGUGUUUGGUGCUCUGUUUAUUUUCGUCGGAAUGGCAGCCGGAGGAGAAAAGGGGGAGGAUUUCUAUGCUGUUUUGGGGUUGAAGAAGGAAUGCUCUGAGGCGGAGCUAAGGAAUGCUUAUAAGAAGCUUGCACUGAGAUGGCAUCCGGAUCGGUGUUCAGCGUCGGGGAAUUCCAAGUUCGUUGAAGAGGCAAAGAAGAAUUUUCAGGCCAUUCAACAAGCCUAUUCUGUUCUCUCUGAUGCGAACAAAAGGUUUCUGUACGAUGUAGGAGUCGACGACAGUAAUGAUGAUGAUGAAAAUGGUAUGGGUGAUUUUCUUAAUGAAAUGGCAGUUAUGAUGAGCCAAAACAAGUCUAAUAAAAAUGCGGAGGAGAGCUUUGAGGAAUUGAAGGAGUUGUUUGAAGAAAUGUUUCAGAGUGACAUGGAGGCAUUUGGUUCAUCUACUUCACAGAGUGUGACCCCUCCUUCGUGUUCAUGUUCUUAUGCCUCUUGCAGUGAGAGCUCCAAUACCACAAACAAGCGCAAUUCCUCUGACAUGAACUCGGGAAAGGCCAAGAAUGGAGACUCUUCGAGCUUUGAUGUUCACUUUGAUGGUUUCCGCGUAGGGGUGGAACAUCAGGAAAAUCGCAGGAGAGGGGAUGGAGCAAGAGGAGGAAUUGCGGGAAAUAGGAGGCGUGGCAGGAAACAGAAGGUUUCAUCAGGCCAUGAUGUUUCCUCCUCUCGUGACUAUUCACACAUUUCUGCUUGAUCGCAGUUGUAUUUGAACAUUGAAGCGAAUGGCUGAAUCAUUUCGAGUCCUUAAACCUUGACUUCGGCAUUACACCGAUGAGGAUGUACAAAUCGGCUGAUGAAAAUUUACUAGCAAAAUUUUCAGAUUACAUUGGAUGAUCGUGCAGAAACAACAUUAUUCAGUAUUGGCUGGAAUCUAGGCAUUUUGAGUUUAGCGCAAAGAGUUCAAUUGUAGAGAGGGUGUGUCCGGGCUCCUCUUCUUGUUUCUUUCAUGUUUGGUGGCUGUGAUGCUAUUCUUUAACACUCAAUUGCAGUCUUGUAGGCAAAAAUAAAAAGGUGAAAAGAUGGGAAAUAUAUAAAGGCUAUAGUUGAGUAGUAUUUCUUUUCUAUGUGACUUUCCUUUCAUGAUUAAGGUCUCGUAUGGUAAAAUCCUGCCUUUUCUGGUUCA